GUCUCCAUGUGAAUCGGGAUUCGACAUGGCGGCGUCCGUGGCGCGGCGAUUGCCCCGCAUGCUGCCCAUGCCUUUCCGAAGCCGCUACCGCCCGCGCCAGGAAACGCCAAGGUCAGGCAGGGAGAGGAACCUCAGUACCUCUGGUGGGGUCCCGAGAAGCACCCGGAACCUCCUGUACGAGCACGUGCGUGAGGGCUACAGCGCGCGCCCCCAGCUGGACAUGGAGAGGCUGUGCGCGCAGCCAGAGGAGGCUGCGCGCGCCUUGGAGCACCGCAAGGGGGAGCUGAGACCCGCCGACCUGUCGGAGAUUAUUUCUACUUGGCAAUCCCUGGGAAGACUGAAGGAAGAGAUCCGGGCCCUGGAGGAGGAGAAGGUAGCCGUGGCCCAGAAGAUCAAAGCUCUAGUGGUCAGCCAGGACAAGGAUGUCCUCCAACAGGAUCCCAUGUAUCAGAACACCCGGGCCCAAGGAAGGUCGAUCCGGACACGUCUGGCAGCCUUGUAUGCCGAUGAGGCCCAUCUGGAAGAGCUUUUCUACACGCGAGCUCUCCGACUCCCCAACCAGACCCACCCUGAUGUGCCUGUCGGUGAUGAGAGCCAGGCCCGGGUCCUGGAGGUGGUCGGAGAGAAGCCAACCUUUGCCUUCCGCCCCCGGGGGCACCUGGAGAUUGGGGAGAAGCUGGAUAUUAUCCGUCAGAAGCGCCUGUCCCACGUGUCUGGCCAGCGAUCCUAUUACCUUCGUGGCCCGGGGGCCUUGCUGCAGCAUGCUCUCGUCAGCUUUACCCUCAGCAAACUUGUCCAAAGGGGUUUCACAGCCAUGACGGUGCCAGACAUGCUCAGAGGAGCUGUGUUUGAGGGCUGUGGGAUGAGCCCCAAUGCCAGUCCCUCUCAGAUAUACAACAUUGAUCCUUCCCGAUUUGAGGACCUCAACCUGGCAGGGACAUCAGAGGAUACUUCAUGGAUCACGCAGUAUCUUGGAAGGACUUGCCCAUCAGGUGACAUCCUUCCCCUCGGGACUGCACCCCUCCACCGCCCACGUCUUCGCCUAGCGGCUGUGUUCCUUCCCCAACUUCAGGCAUUCCGGGCCCCUCCUUAUGUCCUGAGCAACCAUUGCUCCUCGUUCCCCCCUCCCUCCUCAGAGUCAUUCACACCCUCCAUUCCCAGCCCUCCUGUCAGGAUCUCUGGGCCUGACCUCUGCUUCCCCCGCAGGGUGGUCUGCGCCAGCACCUGCUAUCGGGCAGAGACAAACACGGGGAAGGAGCCUUGGGGGCUCUUCAGAGUCCACCACUUCGUCAAGGUAGAGAUGUUUGGGCUGACGUCUUCAGGGACAGAGCACAGCUCAGGGCUGCUGGAGGAGUUUGUGUCCUUGCAGAAGGAGAUCCUGACGGAACUGGGCCUGCACUUCCGGGUCUUGGACAUGCCUACUCAAGAGCUUGGCCGUCCUGCCUACCGCAAGUUUGACAUUGAGGCCUGGAUGCCAGGCCGUGGCUGCUUUGGGGAGGUCUCGAGUGCCUCUAACUGCACAGAUUUCCAGAGCAGGCGGCUUCAUAUGAUGUAUGAGACCGAGGCAGGGGAUUUGCAGCAUGUGCAUACGGUCAAUGGGACAGGCUGUGCAGUACCUCGCAUCCUCAUUGCUCUCCUGGAAAGCAACCAGCAGAAGGAUGGCUCAGUGCUGGUUCCCGACGUCCUCCAGCCCUACCUGGGUACUGACCGGAUCUCUGCCCCGACACACACUCGCCUCAGAUACAUUGGUCCCAACCAGCCCCGGGCCUCCUGACCCCAUACACCUGUGUGUCCAUUCUGAGGCUCUUUGGUCCCUAGCUGGGGAGCAACUGCCCUACCCCCAUGUGUCGUUUUAGCACCAAAUGAGGCUGAAGGCACCAUUUGGGCACCAGAUGAAGACCAUUGAUGAGAAAAGCCAUCCUUGCUUUACAGGGCUCACUUACAGAGCAGUGGAGAUAGCUCAGGCCCUCUGAGUCCCUGCUGUCCCACUAGGGGAGGAAGAAGUUGGGGGGGGUGGGGAGUGCCAUUCUUUUCUAUCCCUUUCUUUCCACAUUGGCACAAUAAAUUCCAGUGUAGAGA